AUGACCUUCAAAUCAACGGCACUCACCCUGUCUAUGCAUGCGCCGACCACGGUCACAACACCGCUGAUGCGCUUGCGAUGGCUCUGCGUGCGAAAACACAACACAAAACACACCACUAAACACAGGGUAGGCGGGGAGCUGACUUUUACUACAAAUAUCGAGGGACUCUUACCGUGGGCCAAGGCGCGAGUGACCGAGGCAACUUCAAGGGCAGCGACGAGGGCCCUGUGGAUAGCGGCGAUGAAGGCGACGAGUGCUAAAUCGAGCGAGUGCGAUGUCGAUGCGAUGCGAUAUGAGCGAGAUCUCCGUGCGAGGUUGAGCUCUGAACAGAGGGGUGUUCGAAACUGGCAGAUAUUUAUAUCCGUGCGGUCGAUGCUUGCGAGGCGUAUGGCGAGAGCUUGGCGAGGUCUUUGCGGGUGUAGCAGGCUCGAGGUCGUCGUGCGAUACGCGUGGGGGCUGAGUGAGAUGAUGCGAGGCGAUGACUGGGGGGGGUUGGGCAUCGGAGGGAUCGCUCUGGGUGGCGGGGCCACCCGGCGGUCUCUGGGGUAUCUCCUGAGAACUGCGAAAAACGGGGUCCCGGCGCUUAGAGGGGUGGCGCGCUCAUCACCGCGGACAACAAAGCAGACUACGCUUGUGGAUGCUGCACUGCCGCAGAAGGAGGCUGUUGCAAUCGCUGAGAAAAUGACACCGGUACUUUUAGAUAUUAUAUCCUCAAAUAAGAAUCCCCACGCACUGCAGCCAGUGAUGACAGAUCCUUUACCUGCCCUGCCUGCAACAGAUCUCGAGGUGAUUGUUCCACAUCCUAUUAUGGCAAGCUCAACUGAGGCUGGGCCUGUGGAGGUACCAGCACCAGCUUCUAAAAAGAUUAUUGAAGUCGCCAAUCCAUUUUCUGUUGAGGUCAUGAACCAAGUGGUCGUACACUCGCCUGCUAGUGCCAGAGCAAACACCGCUCCGGAACCCUCUGAUCAAACAACACAACACUUACCGAUGAGAAAAUGCUCAAAGGUACUAGCUAAGGACAAGUAUAAGGCCACUGUCAUCAGUACUCAGCUCAAGCUAAAUCACAGCCUCAAAGUGCUUUUGGGUUGGUUCUCGACAAACAGGAGCUACGGGAUGAUUGUUCCAAACAACACACCACAAAGCACACCUCAAGAUGUGGAGGUGGAGAAAGCACAAGGGAUGGACACGCGUGAGCUGAUGGCGGCGGUGGUGAUGGGGAGCAGCAGCAGCAGCGGGCAACAGUGGCGAGGAGCAGGAGCAGGAGCAGGAGCAGGAGCAGGAGCAGGAGCAGGAGCAGGAGCAGGAGCAGGAGCAGGAGCAGGAGCAGGAGUGGAGGCAGCGGCGGGCAGCAGCAUCAAGGAGUGGGAGCAGCAGUGGAGAGUGGGCAGCGCAUGGUGGCGACGGGAGCGGGAGCAGCGGCGGAAAUCGGGCAGUGGCAAUGAGAGCGGGAGCAGUGGUAGAGGGUGGGCAGCAGCCAGCAGGAGUGAAGGCAGCGGAGAGUGGGUAGUGGGCAGCGGUGACAGGAGCAGGGGAAGCAUUAUUGAGGAGCAGGAGCAGCAGUGGAGAGUGGCCAGCGGGCGGCAGUGGCAGGAGCCAGAGCGGCGGAAAAUGGUGGGCAACAGUGGCGAGGAGCAGGAGCAGGAGUGGGCAGCGGCAUUGAGGAGUGGGAGCAGCAGUGGGGAGUGGGCAGCGCGCGGCGGCUGCAGGAGCGGGACAGCGGCAGAACAUGAGCAGCGGCAAUGGGAGCGGGAGCAGCGAUGGAUUAGCAGCGGAGAGUGGGCAGUAGGGCGCGGCGGGAGCAGGAGCAGCAGUGGGAGCGGGCACAGCGGCGGGAGCAGGUGCAGCAGGAUGCUCGGACAGAGAAGGACUGGCCAAUCUCAUCUGCCUGCAUCCAUUCCCAUUGCUACACAAUUGUUCGCUCCCAGUCACAAUAUAUGUGCAUUCGUUGAUAAUGGCUGGCAUUUGACCGGAAUAACAGUCAAAAUUAUCACUUACUCCUAUUGA